UGCUACACUGUCGCGGCAUUCUACUGAACGCCAGAAUUAGAUCCUACCCGCCUACCUCCAAAUUUCUGAUCACUAUAUGCCGGAAAGGGAAACGAAUAGAAAGAAGCGCGGGAGAUAGAAAUGAAUUCGCCGCUGAUGAAUCUUGCCGGGCGCCACAUUCUUUCCCUGAUAAAAGCGUAUAUCAGGCUACCGCCAUUAACCAGCUUCUCCACCUCGGCAUCCUCCUACGCUACGAAGCAAUGGAACGGAAGCGUUUCCAUGGUCCAAGGAGCUUCCAGAGGCAUUGGCCUUGAAUUCGUUAAGCAAUUGCUAGAGAGAAACGAUGAAGGGCGUGUUAUUGCAACCUGUCGGAACCCUAGUGGAGCAGCAGGGCUUCUGGAAUUAAAAGACAAAUUUCCCAAUCGUCUAGAUAUUCAUGCCUUGGACCUGACAAUAGAAAGCACUAUAGAGAUGUCAGCAAAUGCCGUUAAAGACAAAUAUGGCUUCCUAAACCUUCUAAUUAAUGCAUCCGGCAUCCUUUCAAUACCAAACAUUCUGCAGCCAGUGCAGAAACUACACUGGCCAAAGUAGAGAGGUCAUCAUUGCUUCUUGCUUAUGAAAUCAAUGCUGUUGGUCCUGUAUUGGUUAUCAAGCACAUGUGGCCUUUACUGAAGGCUGGAGGUGGGGGUGGAACAGAGAGGGAUUUCGCUAUAGUUGCCAACUUAAGUGCAAGGGUUGGAUCAAUCGAAGACAAUGCUCUAGGAGGGUGGCACUCAUACCGAUCCUCAAAGGCUGCUUUAAAUCAGUUGACAAAGACCAUAUCAGUGGAAUUUGCCCGUAAAAAAGAUCCAAUCAUAUGCCUUCUGCUGCACCCAGGCACAGUAGAUACAGAUCUUUCAAAACCUUUUCAGAAAAAUGUUGCCAAAGACAAGCUUUUCACGAAAGAGUUUUCUGUGCAAAAGCUUCUCAGCAUCAUCCAGAAUGCAAAGCAGAGUGAUAAUGGCAAAUUCUUUGCAUGGGAUGGUCAGCCAAUUCCUUGGUGAUGUGAUUCCCGUUUGGCACAACUUAAUAAGAUUUCCAGGUUUGUUUGUAACUGAAGCUUCCAUGUAUUCGUUGGUGCCUGAUAAAUAUGACAUUUUUUGUGAACUUGUUGACUAUUUGAUGAAUGAAUCAAGCCUACGAACUCGGGGCAAUUAUUCAUGUCCUCUGAGUGUGCUUAAAUCCAAUGUAGUAUUGUUACCACCUGUUUUUAUAAAGUCGAAAUGAUGUGUGAUUUGGAAAUGUAUUACUCCGCAACUAUGACAAUUGACAAUACUGCUUUGAGUCCUAGUAGGAAUACAUUUUGC